AUGGAGGGAGGUCGUAACGUCGUGGACGCGGCUGGUCGAGGCGAGCCAAUGGACGAGCAUGUCGUGAAUGAAGCGCCGUACGAUGCACAGGUCCUGCCGUCGUUGACCCGUCCGCCUGUGCGACCCGCGACCGUGAAUCUCUCGAUGGAUGACUUUCUCUGUCCUAUCUGCCGCGAUUUGAUCUUCAAACCCGUUGUCAACGCGUGCGGCCACGUGUUCUGCUUCUGGUGCGUGCAUCGCGCCAUGACGCCCUACAGCGAGAGCCGCUGCCCCAUGUGCCGCCGCGCCUUCGCGCACUUUCCUGGAGUGUGCUGGCUGCUGCACCGCUUCCUCUCCUCCGCCUUCCCCGCGGAGCUCCGCGCGCGCGCCAGGGACGUCGCGGAGGAGGAGCGCGCCAUGGGCACCUUCUCGCCCUCCGCGCCCCCUGCGCCCUACGCGCCAUCCGCUCCCCCCCCGCCCCCUUUGCUUGAGGCAGAGGCGGAGGAACGAGGGGAGGGCAGGAGAGACGUGGUGCAGGAGGAAAAUGGGGAGGGGCGAGCGGGGGAGGGCAGGAGAGAGAGGUUGAGUGCGACGGAGGGGGUGUUUCUGGCGUACUGGCAGCAGCGGUUCUCAUGUGGGGUGUGCCGCCUGCUGCUGCUGCACCCCGUCGUGCUCAACUGCGGUCAUGGUGGGUUCAGUGCGGUGACAGAGGGUUCACCAACGAGGCGAGUGGAGGCAUGUGUGCCGCUGCAUGCCGCCCUCUCCGCCCUCUUCCCUGCCGCCCUGCAGAGGCGCGAGCAGGAGAGGUGCAGAUGUGAACGGACGGCUGAGAUUACUUGGAUGAGAGAGGAAGAUCAGGUUGAUGGUGAGAUGGUGCAAAUGAGGGGUGAAGGUGAGAGGGGUGAGGGCGGGAGGGGUGAGAUUGUGGGUGCUGGCCGCAUGGGAAGCGGUGAGUGUUCAAUGCAAGGCAGGGAAGGAGAGGAGGCAGGAAGAGGAACAAGAGAAAUGGGAGAGGAGGGAGGAGGUGAAAGGAGAGAGAGCAGGGAGAGGAGAGGGAGGCUGCUAGCAGCUGGUUCCGGUGCAGAAGAGGGUGUGAGAGAGGAGGGCGUGAGGGAAUGGGACAGAAGUGAGCGAACUGGUAGGGAAGGGGGGGAGGCAGGGAGUGACGAGAACAGAGGAGGAGAGGAGGGGAGGGAAGGGAGGGGGAGAGGGAGCAUCCAGUCAGACACGGAGGGAGGGAGAGGAGAGGAGGAGGAGAGCAGGGUGGGCGAUGUGACUGCGGUGAGAACAAGAGAGGAGAGCGGAGAAGAGGCAGCUUUGGCAGAGGGGCAGCAGCAGAUGAGCGAGGGAGAGAGCACGGCGGUGCGGGCGGCGUGGGAGCGCGUGCAUGCGGUGGUGCGGCGGCUUGACCUGGCGCGCCUUGAGGGGAGCAGCGAGGGGCAGAGCGAGGCGGAGCAGGAGGCACUGAUGAGGGAGCUGGAGGAGACGAGGCGAGCCAACUUCAUCCACAUCAGCGUCGGUUGUGAUGGAUGCGGGGCCUUCCCCAUUGUGGGGGCGCGCUACAGGUGCCUUGACUGCCCGGAGCGAGUGGGCUUUGAUCUCUGUGCCGCCUGCUACAGCUGCCCGCCCCCGGUGGUGGGGCGCUUCAACCAGCGCCACGUCAGCACGCACCGCAUGGUGGAGGUGCGGCAGAGAGACGGCGUGAUGCAUCGGAUAUUCGAAUCGGUGCAUCCGAAGCUCAUGGCUCGGCUCAUGGCAUUCAUAGAGGAGGAGGAGGAGGAGGAGGAGGAGGAGGAGGAGGAGGAGGAGGAGGAGGAGGAGGAGGAGGAGGAGGAGGAGGAGGAGGAGCGGAGGGAGGAGAGAGUACAUGUCUCUCCCUUUGACCCGAUACAAGCUGAUGGUUCGACUCAUGGCAUCCAUAGAAGAGGAGGCGCGGAGGGAGGAGAGAGUACAAGUCUCUCCCUUUCACCCAAUGCUGUCUCUCUCAUCAUGUGCCUUCCGCCUAUUUCUCAGGUGCAUCCGGAGCUUAUGGCUCGGCUCAUGGCAUCCAUAGAGGAGGAGGCGGACCAGGUGGGGGAGAGGGGGAUAGAGAUGGAAGGAGAAGAGGCGGAUGGGAGAGAAGAUUUGAGUGGAGAAUGGGAGGAGGCGAGUGGGGACGGAGAUGAUGGUGAGGAUGGUGGUGAUGGUGGUGAAUCUAUUCCGUGA